CCGGCCGGGCCGUGCGGAGCGCGCAGGCGCCUCGGGGCGGGCCCGGCGCGGUUGCCGGAAGAGCCGCCCCGGGCAUGCCGAGCCUCGCUGGGUUCCUGCGGGUGCGGGCGGCGCCGGUGCGGAGCGGCGGGGCCAUGCCCGGGAAGGGAAAAGCAGCCGCCAAGGGCCCCGCGGAGCCGGGCGCCGCCGCGGGACCGGUGGUGGCGGCGGGCGGCGGCUCCGUGAGGGUGGCGGUGCGCGCCAAGCCCGGUGCCCGCUGCAGCGCCGUCACAGAUGUGACGGCUGAGGCAGUAGGUGUAGCUAUUGCUGCACCUCCGUCGGAAGGGGAGGCAAAUGCAGAGCUAUGUCGUUACCUCGCUAAGGUGCUUGAAGUGAAGAAGAGUGAUGUUGUUUUAGAGAAGGGGAGUAAAUCACGUGACAAAGUGGUGAAGAUUGCGGUAUCAGCGACGCCAGAUGAGAUUUUAGAAAAACUGAAAAAAGAAGCUUCCAGUUGACCUAAAACAAGAGCAGGAAAUAGGAAAAAGCAUCUUGGUACAUGGACUCGUAUUCUUUCUUACUUAGUGCAGUGCUGUUGAGAGUGUGGGCAAUGACUACAGGAAGAUACUUCUUUCCCCUCCCCUUGUAAAUACAGGUGCUGUACAGUGGAAGAUUUUCUGUAGGUUUGGUUAGAAAACUGAGACUCUGUAUCUGCUUCUGUCAAUGCAGACUUCCUUCUACUCUGGAUGGAGUCCUGUGGGUAAGAUUUGUCCUCUUUCCUGGUCCCUAAACAAAUAGUUUAGGAAAUUUUUUUUUUUUUUUUUUUUUUUUUUUUUUUUUUUUUUUUUUUUUUUUGUGGAGCAAAUGUUGGUUAACAAAGUGAGGGGUUUGGAGUGACAGCCUUUCAUGUGGAAAGUGGUACAAAAGGACAAACCUGGAUGGCAGAGGCAUAAAAGAGACUGUUCUCUCUGAUGUCUCACAGCAGGUGCAGCUUUUCACUGUGGGCACUUACAGAUAUCUAAAAUAAAUGUCUUUUGAAGCCAGUGUGCUGUUGUUGAUCACACAGACAAGCUGAAAGUAGACUCUCCUGAGCAACUGAAAGAAAACCAGAAGUUUUCAGUAUGAAAAACCAGCACAGGACCUGGUCAUUGCACACGUGGGGGCACUUUGUAACAGUCUGUAAAUAGUUCCCUUAAAAGUAGAGAUAUGGUCAUUUAUAUCUUUGCCAAUUGUACGUCACCUGUAAUGACUGUUUUUAAUAAAAGGGCCAAAAAGUAUUAUCAA